AUGAGCGAUACAGUAACAUCAACAGGAGAGGGUGAGAAUGUUGUAGAGCAACAACAUGCAGCAGCAUCAUCGGCAUCUGAUAAUAGCGAGGCUGCAGCACCUCCAGCAAAGGGUGCUGCCAAGACUGGUGGCAGAAAGAAAAAGGCACCUGCCGAGAAGAAGACUUCAAAGAAGGCUGCCAAGACAAAGGAUACUAGACAGACACAACCAACCCCAACAGAGGAUAUCACAACUACACCAACUGCCGCCGAGAAUGGAAGUUCAAGUGCAACUGCAACUACACCAACUACUACUACUGCUGAAUCACCAAAGGUGACAACGACAGUAUCAGUUAAACAACAAGAUGAACCUAUUACUACUAUUGCAACUACUCCUCCUCCAACAACUGCUACCAUUACAUCUCCUCUUCCACCUCCUCCAGUUCAAUUACAAUUAGAGAAUUCUACUAAAUCAGAAGAAGAAGAAGAAAACAAUAACAAUAAUAAUAAUGAACAAGAUCAUCAAGAAGAAGAGGAAGAAGAAGAUUCAACAAAUGGUACAAAAGAUGAAGAAGAAUUUAUGAAUUUACAAGGAGAAGAAUAUGAUUACUCUGACAAUGAAGAAAACUAUCAAGAUGAAGUUGAUACUAAACGUGUUGAAGAAGCCAUACAAGAUGUUGUCAAAUCGGUUGCUGAAAAGGAAAAGGAGAAUUUGACCAAGGAAAAGGAGAGUCCUAUGACCAAGGAGAAAAAGGAUGACAUCAAGAACAAGGUGCAACUAGCAAUCCAAGAUAUGGAAGAGUCAUUUAAAAAGCCUGCCAUUCUAAAGAUCACAGGUCUCACUGAGCACAUUAUCGAAAAGGAUCUCAAAGAAUUCCUUUCUGCUCACGGUAAAGUAUUGGAUCUCAAGUUUGAUGGAAUUAAAAGAGAUAUUGCCGUUGUUAUUAUGGAAAAUCAACAAACUUCACAAUUGGUUAAAGAUAAAUUAAAUGGAACAAAGUUAAAAAAUUGUACAUUAAAUAUUAUUGACAUGCCAAUCCAAGAUACAUUACUAUUUGUUGGUAAUCUUGGUCCUGAAAUGACCAAAGAUUCUCUAAGAAAAAUGUUUGAAAAAUAUGGUGAACCUGAUAGAGUUAUUUUGAUGAAAAAUAGAAGAACUGGUGAAAGUAAGGGAUAUGGAUUUGUAGAUUAUAGAACAAGAUUACAAGCAAAUGCUGCCAAGGCAUCAUUGGGAUCGACUACUGUCAGUGGAAGAGUUUUAAGAGUAGAUUGGGCUGAAACUUGUUCAACUCUUGAAUCUAUGCAUUCUAAAACUAUUUUUGUUGAUAAAUUACAAAAACAAUAUGUUGAUGUAGCCAUUUUAACCAAAUUAUUUUCACCAUUUGGAAAGAUUAAGGAAUGUAGUAUUCCAUUGGCAGGUCAACCAAAGGGAUUUGCAUUUAUCGAUUAUGAGAGUGUAGAGGAUGCCGAAAAGGCCCAAAAGACAAUGAACGACAAGGAGUUGCAAGAGUACAAGAUCAGAGUGAGCUUUGGCAAUCCCUCCAAACCAGGCUUUGCCAUGACCAGAGGUGGUGGUGGUGGAGGUGAAAGAACACCACCUAAUGCCAACAGUCCACACGGAAGAGGAGAAAGAAAUGAUCGUGGUGGAGGACGAGGAGGACGGGGCGGAUUCCAUGGAGGAAGAGGCGGUAUGGAGCAUAAUAACGGCGGCGGUCGUGGCGGAUUCAGAGGCGGACGUGGUGGAGGCGGCGACAGAGGUGGCAUGGACCAUGGUGGAGGACCACGUGGUGGAGGACCUGGUAGAGGUGGUAUGGAUAGAGGCGGUCGUGGAGGACACCAACCACACUUUGGCAACUUCCCACCUCCACCUCCACCACCCAACAUGCAGAUCAAUCAAUUCCCACCACAAUUUAAUAAUGGACCAAGAGGAGGCGGACCAAGAGGCGGAGGAGGCAACCACAACCAUGGAAACCACCAGGGUGGGCCACCAGGCGGUCACAACAUGGGUGGACGUCAACCAGGUUUUGAUGUUGGGUUCCCACCAGGCAACCCCAAUGCACUUGGUAAUAUCCCACCACCUGCAGCUGCCAUUCAUCCCCAACAACACAUGUGGAACAAACAACAACAAGACCAGUUGAUGCAAGCACAAACUCAGAUGCAACUGAUGCAACAACAGAUCAAACAACAACAAGAGUUGCUAAGAGUCGCCAAAGAGAAUGAACAAGCUGCUCACAUGCAAGCACAACGUGAAAAGACCCAUAGAGAACAAAUGCAAAAGAACCAAAUGCAAGAAAAGCAAAUGAUGAAGACUCAACAAGACAACCUCCAAAAACAACAAACCUUUUAUCUUCAACAAAUGACAAAGUUCCAACAACAACAACAGCAACAACAACAACAACAACAACAACAAGUAGCACAUCAAGCACAACAACAACAACAGCAACAACAAGCUGCUGCUGCUGCAGGUGGUGUCCAACAACCUUUGAUUGGUACUUCAACCUACCAACAACAAGUUGAUGCUUGGAAUCAAUAUUAUUCAACUAUGGGAUAUCCUGGUUAUAAUCAACAAGAUUUAAUGUCAUACUAUGCAAUGUAUGCUCAGGCUGAUCCAACAGCAGGAGCUCAUGCUCAUACACCUGUAGCUAAUACUCACGGUAUUCCACAAAAAAGAAAUUAUGAAACUCCAGCUAUGAACACUGGUAACACACCUCACCAAUAUCAUUUAGGAUCUCAUAAUACUCAUAAUACUCAUAAUGCUCACAAUGCUCACAAUGCUCAUCACCACGAUAAGAGAUCCAGACAUUAA